UAAUGACUCGGAAGUCGGCAAACGUAAACUGUCAAUUUGGCAGCUAAUAUGUUUACAUGUUUAGCUCACAUGUUGUUAAAAGGAUGACCUGAAUUUUCAAUGGUUAACACAAGGCUGCUGAGUGACUAACAGCCAUGUUUGCAAAGCUAAAAGAAAAAAUACAAAAAGAGGGAGGCAAUGUUACUCCAGAUGUUGACCGCAGCAAAACUGUGAUACCCGUCCAUAACAGCCCAAAGAGACUCAGUUUGGCAGGAAGUCCAGCACAAAGCCCUUUAAAGAAAGAAGCAGAUGGAUUUUACACAUCUAGAGAAGAUCUGACAAAAGAUGAUAUCAGCUCCAGUGAAGACCCUUUGGCCGCCUUACAGAAACGAACAGAGCAGUGUAAACAGCUUCAAGACAGACUUACAGAAUACUCCGAUGCCAUUAGGGAUAGUAGCAAGAAAAUUGAGAAACUGGAAGCCUUUAUAGAAAAACAACAGAAUGCAACGGCCAAAAAGUUGCAGGAAUUAGCUGAACAACACAGGGCCAUUCUUGAAAAUUUGACAGCAAAGCACAAGUUGGAGUUGGAAAAAGCAAACAAUGAAAAGGAAACUUUACUACAAAAAAUAAAAGAUGCAGAGAGUUUAAGGGAUAAGUUAUUCAAAACAGAAGAAGAAAAAGAGGAAUUCCAACAGUUUACAACACAGGAAAUAGGCAAAUUGAAGCAUAUGCUUAUUCUGAAGGAAGAAGAGUUAACAAAAAGUCAAAAAGAGCUUCAAGAAAAGGCAGCUUUGUUGACGCAAGGACAAGAACGGGUGAAGCAAUUGUCUGAACUUGAAACAAGAAUAAAAGACAUUUCACAAGAAAAGUCAAUGCUGGAGGAGGAGAGUGCAAGCCAUGGGAGGAUUGUGAGCAGUCUGACCAGGGAGAGAAUGGAGAUGGAGGAGAAGGUGAUCAGUCUGAACACCGCAAUAGCAGAGAAAACUGCCACCAUAUCAAACUUGCAGUCCAGAUACACAGAUCUGGAAAGUGCUCAUCAGGCAUUGCAGAGAAACUCUGAUCUACAGAAGAACAAGCUGAAUCAACAGCUACAUGAGCAGACAGACCAGGUGGAUCAGCUGUCGGAGCGUGUGAAGCUUCUACAACAGAGGGGACAGGACCAAUCUCUAUCAGGGGAUGAACGCACACAGGCACUGGAGAAAGAGAGAGACACACUGGAGAGGAAGCUGACAGAGACUCGAGAACAGCUAUCCCAGAUCAAGUCCUCCUGGAGUGAGAAGAUAUCCCAUCUAGAGCACCAGAUAUCUCAUUUGAACACAAAAAUAGCAGAGGAUUCAGACGAGUUGAAAGAGGCAAGAAACUAUGUAGAAAUGGUCAAAAAUACCAUGCAAAAAGAGAUUGAUAGCGAGAAGGACAAGGUGAAAGAAGCUGAAAAACAAUCUGAGGCUAAAAUGGAAUAUCUUAAAAACAAAGAAGCAGAAUUCAAAAAAGAGAGACUGGAUUUGGAGACUGUGAUAUCGAGUGUGAGGCUUGAGAAGGUGGACCUGGACACUCAGCUGCGGGCCAAGCUGGCGUCGGUUGAGUCCCAGCUCAUGUCUCUUGAGCUGGAGAGGGCACGGGAAACCAGUCAGCUGCAGGAGGAAGUGACAAAGGUCAGGAAAGAUUUAUCACAAACUGAAUCAGCUUUGGUGAAGUCAGCUCAGGAAAUUCAGGAACUGAUAACUGAGAAAGCAGAAAUUCAGUCCAGAUUAUCAGCUCUCGAGUCUGACCAUGCGGCCCUAAGGGCUCUGCUCUCCAGCAAGGAGAAGCAUGGUGCAGAGCUGAGCUCCCAUCGACAGCUGCUCGUGGAGGAACUGAAGAUCACCCAGGAGAAGCUGGAGAGGGCGCAUGAGAGAGAGAAAUCAAAAUCAGCUGAACUGCUCGAGUGCAAUAAAGAGAAGGACGAGUUCAUGAUGCGUAAUGCCCAGCUGUCCCAGCAGCUGACCAGCCUGCAGCAGUCGUCCCAGGAUGACAGGCGGGGCCUGGAGGCUGAGAAAGCUGCCUUGGAGGGGGAGCUUGCAACUAAGGCGGAGACUGAAUCUCGCUUGAGUGACAGGUGUCGGCAGCUGCAGUCGCAGGUGGAAGAGUUGUCUACCAUUCACACUGAUCAUGUGACCAACUCAGAGCAGCUUCGGGAGCUGGAGCAGACAGUUGUCUCCCUUGAAGAUCAGCUCGCUGAGAAAAACAAGGCAUUGAAGAAACAAGAACAGCGUCUCAAUGAUUUAAAGAAAACUUUACAACGGGAAUUGAAAGUGCAAUCUUUACCAAAUGAUGAACCAAUAGACGCAAAAAUUGUUGCAGUUACCCCUCCCAUGCCCCGCAAAAACUCUAUAGGUCGGGAAAAUCCAAAACGUUCUCAUAGACAUUUGUCAUACGAUCAAAGUCCUAUACCGGGAGAUCCAGUGAAUGAUUCAACACAGGGGCAUAGCAAUUCAUACGCUCAACAUGACUUCUUUGUUGGGCAAAACACACUUUUCAACCAGAGGACAGGAUAUGGUCAUGGUGCUAAUAGUGACUACCAUGCGACAAUAUUAGUGAAUGACAGCCAGUCUGCGUCGUCACGAGGUGCCUACAGUGUUCAGUCAAGUGGGAGACAGUCAGAUCGACGCGAGUUCGAUAUGCAGCAUUUAGAAAAGGACGUUAAUUUUCAGUAUCUCAAACAUGUGGUGAUGAAGUUUAUGCUGAGUAGAGAACAUGAGGCUAUUCACCUGAUCAAGGCGGUCUCACUGUUGCUGCGUUUCACCCCUGACGAACAAAAGCUGAUCCGAGACACGUUGGAGUGGAAGAUGUCAUGGUUUGGUGGCUCACAGCCUCCUGCUGUGCUCAAGGGACAAACCAACAAGAUCAUUCCUCCAUCAUACUGAUUAUUGAUUUAUAUUACACAUGUAUUAUAUAGAAAUAUUGUCUUGGAAAUUCCUCCAUCAUACUCAUUUUUGUGACCUAGGAUAAAUAAUUCUUGCAGUAGAAAUUCUUCUCUCAUAGUUACUGUGAAUUUAGGAUAAAAAUAUUUGCUAAAAGGCUUUGUUUAUUUUCUUCUUGCUUUGCUGAAAAGACAGGCCAAGAGUAUUCUGCCCUCGUUUUAAUUAGUAUUUAGAAAUCCUGGAUGAACAUAUUUUUGGUUUUGAUGCCCGGCUUGGCUGUAGUGAAAAACGAAAAGCAUCUCUCCCCAGUUCAUAUGGAGUCUUAUUUGGAAAGGUAGGAGCGAGAAAGACCAUUAUUUUACUCAUGCUGAAUAGAACAAAAAGUGGGGUUUAAUACUGUUUGGAAAAUUAUGCUGUUUUGAAAGGGUCGAUCACAAAGAGCAUUGUUUAAACCCAAUGAAUGUAUUGUGUUAAUAUGAUGAUAGAUAAUUUAAAACUUUUUUUAUUUUACUCAAUCCAUUUUCGAAUUAAGGGUUUAAUUGUUUUGAUGACUACUAUCAUUUCCCAGUGCCUGUAAGAAACUGAAUUAAAGCUUAAUUUACAUGAUUUGUUAAAGCAAUUUUAUAUAUUGUGAUGAGACUUGGUCAGAAUAUGCACUGUGGCAAUACCUUGGCUGUAUUUGUUUCUGGGUCAGGUGCAUACAAAACUAGGUCGCCAGGUCAAAUUAUUACAACGAGAGAGGCCACAUGUAUGACUCAAUCUAUAUGAAAAUAGAUUAGAAUAUUUAUCUGGACAAUACUCAGGUUAAGGGUAUCUGGGUCACCUACACCUAUAAGCUAGGUCACUAGGUCAGAUCUUUUAAAAAAUAUUUUCACUCUUGGGGCAAUAUUUAUUCCUUAAGCUUGAUGAAACUUGGUCAGUAUGAUUUUCUUGACAAUAUAUAGGCAAAGUUUAAAUAUGGGCCAGAUUGGUUGAAACACUAAGUCAUCAGGUCAAAUCUGAUGUGGGGAAAACAUUUUACCAAUCUAGUGCCACAUUUAUCACUCAGAUUAAUGAAACUUGGUAAGAAUGUUUAUCUUGACAAUAUGAAGGUCAAGUUUCAUUUUGAGAUAAGUGUUGUCAAAAAGAGAUCACCUGUUCAAGUCUUCAGCCAUUGGUGGGAAUGAACUCAGUUUAAGCUUUUUAUUGCCAUCAUUGUUCUUGUUUUUAUAGAAUUCUUUUUCCCAUUUAUAGAGGAGCUCUUAACAGUUCCCAUGUUUCAAUGUUAAGCAGUUUGAAAAUGAUAGUGGAUUGUUCUACAAUAUGUUUGCCAGAUUUCUAGCAAUUGUCCUUACAAGUCUUUUGUGAAACCUUAUGAACACACUGCCUGCUGGGAACAAUAAGUUCCUUGGGAUCUUAGAUGUGCCCCCAUUAGGGCCUUUUUGCCCUAUUGUUAAGUUUUAUUUGCACUGUUGAACUAAAUACACUUUGAAAUCAAUUUCAUAUUCACAUCGUCAAGUUUUACAAACACUCUUCCCUAUAUUAAACACACUAUACUGACUGAUAUACUGAUGUUAAGAUAUUUGUAAGAUAUAGGCUUUUAUGUUGUGGGUCAUCUAUAGGUUGUCAAUAAAAACCGUCCAAAUGUCUCUUGAAAUCAAUUAUUCAGUACCAAAAUGCAUAAUCUGUAUAUGGAAUUGAUCAUGACGGAGAAUAAAUUUUAGUAUAAAUGUUGAUUUAUUUAAGCGAUUUGGGUACACUUGUUACGCCCCAACCCCCGUAAUAGAUAAACACCUUAGAGUAGCGUGGUGUGAUCCCCGAGCGGCAAGGGACUGAUUUUUUCUAUAAUGAUACUAGGGGCUGGACGCAAGCAUUUAUAAAUAAAAGAACAAACACCAUAAUCACUUACGUAUUUAUUAAUAUUUUGAGUACGAUUAGACCUAGUUAAGAUAUAUCAUACAGGUGUAUUUCAUUCACUAAUCUAUACCUUCAACGUACAAAAUUAAUUUAACAUACCAUCGAGCACGGAGACUCGGCUUCCAUCGUGAAUCGAACGCCCCGCAAACUAAACUAUUUAUGACGUCACUUUACACAGAGCGUUCUCAGGUAAAAACCGAGGGACACCGAAACUAAUGAAAAUACAGUUUAACAAUCAGCGGUAUUUAAACAGAUAAUAAAAAUGUUUAAAGUAAUCGAACAGAGUUAAUAUUCGGCAUAAAUAUAUAUUAGUUUAUAUGUUUUCGAUUACAUGAACAAAUUAAUAGGCAAAGAGACAUUUAUCUUCUUAAAACAAUGAAAAAUAUUAACCACAUGAAAUGGAGGUUACAACCCACUACAAUUUUAACUGUGGCGAAUUCGACAAGUUCGCAACACACUAUUAACACGACAGUUUAACUAAGUUCAAAUAACAGUAGGUCCAUUUGUAACUAAAAUGGCUUCCAUUGCUUUAAUUGUUAAGACUUUUUGUCGUUCUUGCUUGUUGAAAGCUCGACAAAGAAGCGACAAUGGUUGAGUUUAUGUGCGUGCAUUGGUCCAAGCUUUUCACUAUGUUACUUAGUCAUAAAUCUUGUAAUUUUGUUAUUAAUUACGCAAAAUGACCAGAUGACAUUUCUUGUGUCACCCUAUCUACCUACAUGGUACCUUUUUGGUCAAGAUCACAGUUGAGAUCAAAGGUCAAAGUUUACCUUAAAAAAAGCUUAUCCUGACUGUAACUGUGUCAUUCACCAUGCUAUUAAAAUAACUUCACAAAUAUACACCAUUAAAAGAUGAUGUGUUGCAGGUUUCAUCUGUCUCCUUAACUCGAAAAUCAAGGGCAUACUUUAAGGGCCAAGGUUAUAUGUGGCAAAACCACUUUUUCCACUGUAUCGUGUUCAUCUCGAAGUUUUAAAUAAUGUACCACAAAUGACUACGACCAUAAGAUGACGUGUAGCCUGUAUUACCCGUCUUUUUAUCACAAUGAUCAAGGUCACACCUAAGGUCAAAAAUGAGCAUCAUGCUGCUGUUAUAGAAGUUCAACAUUAUUGACAAUGGGCUUGACAUUUUGCAGAAAGGAUUCUAUUUUAGACAUGUUCUUAUUUCAAAUGCAUUAUUUUGUUUCAGCUUUAUUUAUAUAUUUUUGUUAUUUAGUAUGUAUUUAACUUAACUUACAUUUUUAUAACAAGAGACUAAUAGUUGUGUUUGGAAUUGGGUUUUGACUAUACAUGUAGAUCUGUAAAGUUACAUGUAUUUAGGUCUCUAGAAAUUCAUUAAGAAAACUGAUUGUGCACUAUUCAUUUAAAAUGAAACCAGUUGAUCUGAAUUAACUAUCAUAAGUGUAAGAUGACACGUCUAUACAUCUGCUACAUGACAUGUUUAUACAUCUGCAACAUGACAUGUUUAUUCAUCUUCAAUAUGAUGGCUUAAAUAUCUGCACGACUACACUUUUAUUCAUCUGCAAUAUGUUAUCAUUUUAAGUUAUCAAUACAUAUUUUUAAAACAGAUUACUGGUAGACGCUGAAAGAUAAAAAAAAACGUUCAGAUACAUAUAGACACAAUUUUCUUUCUGCAACAAAAACAAGUAAACAUGUUGGUAUGUUCAGUUGGUAAACAUGUUCAUUAUUAUUUUCAUUGAAGAGGACAAUAUUUGAUUGAUGGUAUAUCAUACAGAUUUUUAACUUAUUAUAACAUUCCUCAUUCAUAUUCGUAUUAUGUGUUUAACAAGAACAUGUUGACAUUGAAAUUGUACACACUUGCGUAACAGGAAUAUGACUAUUUCUAUUAUGUUUUGUUUUAUAUUUCGCGUGGGUAAUCUGACUUGUUUUUAGUUCGUGAAUUCCAGUUAUGAUUGGAGAGUGAUAGUUGUAAAUGACAUGUAGUGAUAGUUGUAAAUGACAUGUUUGUAUAGUAGCUAUUUAUUGCACAGAGUAUCUAUAUAAAAUAAUAAGCAUUCUA